AUGCCCACAUCUGUAUCAGUAAGGGAGUUUGCAACCCAAGACACAGAUCCGGGGCUAUGGGAUAUUAGCAAUACUAGUACAGUGGAUUACUGGAUUCGUAGUGGGCCGACAGCAUGCCAGAAUCAUGACUGCAACCUUUUAAACUCAGGCAGAGUGUAUAAGGGAACUGGAAGAGAAAAUACACAGACAAGGUAUUUGUCAAAGAAUCUGUUUAAACGUGAAUUGCGGAAUGGCGAGUGUGUAAAGCGUGAAUGGCUACUCUAUUCGCCAUCCCAAGGUCGUUUGUACUGCUUUGCAUGUCGCCUAUUUUCCAAGACAGAAUCUCCCUUUGCUACAUCAGGAUAUAAUGACUGGAAACACAGCAAUGUUAUUGGUGAACAUGAAAAUGGAGAAGAACAUCGCAAGUGCAUGACGGCAUAUUUUAUUCGCCAUAAAGAAACUGGAAAUGUUGAUACACUAUUACUUCAACAACUUCGCUCAGAGCAGGAGUAUUGGCAUAAAGUGUUGACACGAGUGGUUUCUGUAAUUCGCUUUCUUGCCUCCAGAGGUUUGCCAUUUCGUGGAGAAAACCAAAUAAUUGGGUCUGCUAAAAAUGGAAACUAUUUGGGUAUUCUUGAGCUGUUAAGUGAAUUUGACCCUUUUUUGUAUGGGAAUCCAGGAAAGGGGAACCCAUCAUAUUUAUCAGCAAACAUUUGUGAGGAAUUCAUUGAAAUAAUGGGACAACAUGUUCUUUCUGCUAUUCUUGAAGAAAUAAAAGAAUCAAAAUAUUAUUCAAUAAGUGUAGAUUCCACUCCAGACAUCUCACACACCGAUCAACUGACAUUUACUGUCCGGUACAUUCGAGGAUGUGAACCCGUGGAACGUUUUCUUAAGUUCAUCCCCAUCUUUUCUCAUGGAGCAAAGAAUCUUGCCGACACUGUUGUGGGAUUCCUUAAGGAGAACAAAAUUCCACUAUCCAACUGCCGUGGUCAGUCAUAUGACAAUGCCUCAAAUAUGUCUGGACGCUAUACUGGAUUGCAAGCACGGAUUCUUCAGUUGAAUGAGUUUGCCAUGUAUGUCCCCUGUGCUGGACACAGCUUGAACCUGGUGGGAGUAAAAGCAGCAGAGUGUUGUCUACAGUGUGUAAAAUUCUUCGACUUUGUUCAGUGUCUUUAUUCAUUCUUCUCUGCUUCCACACAUCGAUGGAAUAUUCUUGCAACAUCUCUUGGGAAAAACAUUGUGGUCAAGCGUCUGUCUGACACAAGAUGGUCGGCACAUUUUGAUGCUGUUCAUGCUUUACAUGAGGGUUUUGAGAAAAUUAAAAAUGCACUAGAUUCUGUAUCAGCUGACACUGAACAGGAAGUAAAUACAAGGCGAGAGGCAAAAGGAUUGAGUGACAAAAUGGAAAACCUGGAAACGAUCUUCCUCACAAUUCUUUGGAAUGACGUUCUUGAAAGAGUCAACAAAACAAGCAAGGUCGUGCAAUCAGAGGAUAUGAAUAUACUUGUUGCCAUGAACCUUCUUGAGUCUCUAAAAACUUAUCUUCAGGAUACUAGAGACAGAUUUAGUGCAUAUGAAUUGAAAGCCAGGAGUAGGUGUCCAGAUUCAGAAUAUAAGGAAAAACGGGAAGGAAAGCGAAGUGUACGCCUCACUAGAUAUGACGGAUCAGAAGAAGAGGUACUUCUCAGUAAAAGUGAAAAGUUUAAGGUGGAAACAUUCCUUCCUGUUCUGGACUCUCUAAUUCCUGCACUGACAAAACGUGCAGAAGCUUAUUCAUCGAUUGGAAAUAUGUUUUCAUUCUUCUGUGAAUUAAAAACAAUUCGUUCUGAUGACCUAAAAAAAAGGUGUGAAUACCUGGCUAAUGUUUAUCACAAAGAUCUUGAUUAUGGUGACCUACUAAAUGAAUGUGAGCAUCUCAAGCACUACAUGAUUCUUGAUCAAAAUUGUGAGACUCUUCCUGCAUUGUACAGAAAAAUAAUUUCAGACAACUUGAAAUCUGUUUUUCCGAAUGUGGAAAUUGCACUCAGAGUGUUCAUGUGCAUGAUGGUGACCAACUGUGCAGGAGAGCGUUCGUUCUCAAGAUUGAAACUGAUAAAAAAUGAGCUUCGCAGCACAAUGGGGCAGCAUCGUUUGAACUGGCUUUCACUAAUGUGCAUUGAAAAUGACAUCCUAAAAACCAUUGACUUCAAGCCAGUUAUAAAGGAAUUCAGUACAAAAAAGUGUCGCAAAUUUAAUAAAUGA